AUGCCGGCCAUCAGCCACAAUCAUCUAGAGUCCGACUAUUGCUAUGCAUGCGAUAUCACCGAUGUUCAGCUACUGUUCAUACAGGCCCAGACAGACAAGAUCCAAGAUAAAUCCAAAGCACGGGUUUUGAGAGAUAUCAGGACAUUUGCGCAAGACAAAGGGGUACAGGAGCUCGAUUAUUAUUUCUUCUGUGCUAGGUUUUUGAAAGAUUGUGAGAAAUUGCUGGGAGCGGAGAAUGUUGUGCCCUGCUGGGACACCUUCAAAGUCUCAAAACAAUGCAAAGACCUUGUGGCAAGCAAUUUCGACCCUUCAACGCCAAAAGAGGACUCGGAAGAAGAACAGGGUUUCGUGCGGCGAGUGUUCAGAAGUAUCGGCCUAUAUUAA